AUGAAAAAAACAUUGCAAGUACUCAAAGCUUAGAGUCUUAAUUACAAUUCUAUUAGAUCUGGCUUAAACUAUAGAAUGACCAUAAGAGAUAAUGGGUAAAAGAUGGGCCAUAUUUCUAUUAACCUUAAUAAAUAUCAUAAUACUUAAUCUAACACUAUUUUAAAGAACCUAUUAUAAAAUUAGGAGUACACAAUAUUGCGUGAUUAAACCAAGAUGAUAUUUGAAGGAUCCUUUGAUGCCUUAAAAGUCUUGACAGGAGUAACAACUUAUUAUCCAGAUACAGGUUAAUAUAAAUAUAAUAUAUUAAGGUUUAUUAGUAUAUGAUGUGUCUGCAAAUAAGCUUGUUUUGCAUUUAACGAAAGAGAAUGUUUAAUGUUAAGGAAUAGUGUUGGGCUAUGUUAUGGAUUAAGAUGCUAUAACUAUCCUUGAUUCUUUGAGGGCAUCAACUAUUCCUUUGUAAGCAAGAUUAGAAAAUACCUAUAAUUAUUAUCUAAAGAGAACCUUAAAUGUAAGUCUAGCUGUGUCAUUACUAGUAUUUUAUAAUGCAUUUACAGGAUCUCAGAAAUCAAAAUUUGGUGUAUUUGAACGUGACGAUAAAUCACCUUAAUUUGAUUCUAAAUGA